AUACAUUACAAGACCCCUCUCUUCUCAAUCAAGAAAUCGAAAGAAACUGAAAAUUCUCAAGAUCUAAGCUCAGAAAAUUUUCAAGAUCUAAGCUCAGAAUCAGAUCAAAAUCAUGGAAUCUACACCGCCUUCUCAUCGAUCUGAGACCCGAAGUCGAACCAAAUCGGCCUCAAGACUCUCCCAAAUCCGCCAUUACAGUGAAGAAACAGGAUUAACCAUUCCUCAACUCUCUCUUGAAAUAGUCGCUUCUUCACCGAAAAUAUCCACUUCAUCACCUGCAUCUACUUUGUCCCCAAGGCCGCCUUAUGCUCUCCCGCUUCGAGAGCUUCUAUUGCUAUCACCUUCCCCUCUAAAAAGAUCAAAAACCCGACUUGCUGAAAGGCUUGAAAUGGCUGAUGAGGCUGCAAUUGAGCCUAAUGGGGUUCGGAAAAGAUGCAAGAGUAGAAAUUCUGCAAUGGGGUAUUCUGCUUCUCCAAGGAAUACCCGGAGAUCACGAAGAAGAUUGGAUCAAGAAAUAAGAGAAGACAAGGAGUUUUGUGUGUGUGAAGAAAUGGUUAAGCCAAGAAAGAAGAGACAUAGUGGUAGAUCCAAGAAGGAUAAAUUGAGUUCUGUCCCAUCAACCCCAUCUCCAAAAACAAUUGAUGGUGAUGGGUGCAAUCUGAACAAAAUUGGGCAGCUUAUAAAUGAUUUAGUAAUGUGGAAAGAUGUCUCAAAAUCAAGCCUUUGGUUCGGCUUUGGGUCGAUUUGUUUCUUAUCUUCUUGUUUUACAAAGGGUGUUAACUUUAGUAUUUUCUCGUUGAUAUCUCAAUUGGGACUUCUGGUUUUGGGCGUCUCUUUCUUCUCCAAUUCCAUGCGGCAAAGGUGGAUAUCAUAUUUCAGGGAUGCUAACGAGAUUAAACUCGAGUUUAAGCUGACAGACGCCGACAUUUUGAAAGUGGGUAGGCUUAUUCUUCCAGCUGCAAAUCUUGUAAUUUCAAAAACAAGGGAAUUGUUUUCAGGAGAACCAGCCACGACCCUCAAAGUAGUACCAUUAUUCCUUAUUGGAGCUGAAUAUGGUCAUAUUAUUACCCUCUGGAGGUUAUGUGCACUUGGGUUUUUCAUAAGCUUUACUGGUCCAAAACUGUAUUCCUCUUAUUCUGUUCAACUAUGUAGAAUAGCAGUUGAGCGUCUAAAAUUAUGGGUGUCUGAGACAUGGGGAGCUUGCUCUCACAAGAAAAUUGUAGCAGCAUCAGCUGUGACUGCCUUCUGGAAUCUGACUUCUAUCAGAACCCGAAUUUUUGCCGCAUUCCUGUGUCUAGUAAUAGUAAGAUACCGUAGACAACAUUCAGAAGGAGAAGAGGUUGAAGAGGAAAUAAUAAUAGAAGAAAAACAAGAGCAGACAUUAGUUGCUCUUGGAUCCCACAACUAAUCUGUAUUCAAUUAUUAUAUACAAGUUUUUAAUUUCCUUUAGCUGAUGAGAGUGUGAUCAAUGUUGUUUUUAAUCACGUGUAUAAAUAAGUUUGAUGCGGUGAAGAAAAUCUGUUCAAAUGA